CACGCCCCCUGGCCCGCGGCACCCUCCCCGCCUCUCUCUGCCGCUCCUUUCGCUCCCCGGUCAGAGGGCCGGAGAGAGAAGAUGGCGAAGACGUAUGAUUAUCUGUUCAAGCUGCUGCUGAUCGGCGACUCGGGCGUGGGCAAGACCUGCCUCCUAUUCCGCUUUUCCGAGGACGCCUUCAACACCACCUUCAUCUCCACCAUCGGAAUUGAUUUUAAAAUCAGAACGAUAGAACUGGAUGGAAAGAAAAUUAAGCUUCAGAUAUGGGACACAGCGGGCCAGGAAAGAUUUCGAACCAUCACUACAGCCUACUAUAGAGGAGCCAUGGGAAUCAUGCUGGUCUAUGACAUCACAAAUGAAAAGUCCUUUGACAAUAUUAAGAAUUGGAUAAGAAACAUUGAGGAGCAUGCCUCUUCAGAUGUUGAAAGAAUGAUCCUGGGUAACAAAUGUGAUAUGAAUGACAAGAGACAAGUGUCAAAAGAAAGAGGGGAGAAGUUAGCAAUUGACUAUGGGAUUAAAUUCUUGGAGACAAGUGCAAAAUCCAGUAUGAAUGUAGAAGAGGCAUUUUUUAUACUCGCACGAGAUAUAAUGACAAAACUCAACAGAAAAAUGAAUGACAGCAAUUCAUCAGGGGCAGGCGGACCAGUGAAAAUAACAGAAAACCGAUCAAAGAAGGCCAGUUUCUUCCGUUGUUUGCUACUUUGAUGAACUCUUUCUGAGAGACUGCAGCACAUCUUGAGGACCCUCUCCUGCUUCUCUGAAAGCACAGGUCACCCAGCCUCAGAAUCAUCCCACUGGGCUGCUACUGAGAGCACCACUGAACCUAGACCUCUCGACACAGGAUGUGUGGUGGAUUCUAGCCUCAUGGCCCAUCAAGCUACAGGCUUCUUUUUUCAAAUGUGGAAGCAAUGAAGUGGAGACACGUGCAGGACUUAACUUGUUUUUCCUUUGUUCUAUUGUGUGUUGCAGAAGCUGCUAUCUCUCUUUUUCACUUUGCACAUCAGUGUUAGUCUUUCCUUGUUACCACAUAGUCUGAGAUUCAUUUCUGCACACUUAUGUCUGAUGAGGUUCUAGACAAAUUUGCAUUUAAGAAUGUUUUAAAAAUGAGUAGAACAUUUAAAGCAGAGGUUAACAUACUAGAAUUGUAGAACAUUUGGUCUGAUUCAUACGGCCAAAUGUUAUUGCCAUUGGGGGCAUUGAAUUCUGAUAAAAUUUGUCUUAGAAGUUGAUAAAAAUGCCCAUCUAUUCAUCAAAGGCCACAGUUUCUUGAUUUCUUCAAAUUGUUAAGAAUUUUGCUUCAUUCCUAACCUUUUUGCCAGAGAGUCUGGGUAGCUGAAUAAAUCACUUUUUCAAUUGAUUACCUCUGCCUAAUCUUUUGAAACUGCAUUUGGAAAUCACCUUUCCUGAGGUUUAUAUUUGCUCUUCCUUCCUAUGUUUGAUCUCUUGUAGUCACUCACUUAUCUAAAGCAUAACAUAUUUAAACACUGUUGUCUGUUUUAAGUGUAAACUUUUUGAGCUGAAAUUUGACAUAGGCAGAGAGAUGUACCGUUUUAGGGUUUUAUUUGAUCUGUCACACAUCAGCAUAUGUUAAUAUAAUUUUUCUUAGAUUCGCUCCUCAGCUUGCUGAUUUAGUAGUAAUGCCCAGUUCUUAUCAUAACUCUGUUUGCAAGAGUUAACAAGAGUUAGAGUUAGACUUAGUUCACAGAAAGCUUACUUACAGGAAGAGAGAGAUUAGCUUGUGGAUAUCAAUUUCAUAGAGAUAGCUCUUGGUAAUGGUGAAGAUAAUGAUUUUUUUUAAUUUGGGCCUUUUUUUUUCUUUUUUUAAUAAGAGUAAUUAGACCUAGCACAGCCUCUAAGAAAAGUCUUGCCUUUUCGUUAGAGAAAAUACGAGCACGGUUUCAGUUUUACAACAGCUGUUGUUGAAUGUGUAGAACCCAGUUCCAUCUGUUCGGGUUCGUUGUUAUAGAACUUGGUCCAACCAUUUGGGCCAAAGCCAACCAAAAGCUUAGCUGCCUUUCUCACCAGACACUGAUAUUGGUAUGCCUUUUGUAGAUGAAACCGUCACAUAAGAAAAAAAGGUAUUUAGUGUUAAGUCAUGUGCCAAAUUCAUUGCUGUUAUUCUAGCCUUCAGUGUCAUAACACUAGAGAGGAGUAUUAAAGAGGUGAUUAGGGAAUAAUAAUUAUUCUUCCUAGGAGACCUGUUUUGUUUCAUAAAGGUUGCCAUCAUGCUUGAUAGUUAAGGCUGGGAGAUAAAGUAGAGAUGGAUUGUUUGUUACCACAGAGAAUUCUGCUUCAAAUGAAGAUGUAUCAUUAGAAUACUUGGAUCAGUCAAACUUUAUUACUUGUUGGAAAACUUGUGCACGGUUUAGUGGCACAAAAUCUACCAGAGCUAUUUUUGAUAGGUACAGUAAAUUUACUGUUCACAAAUUUUAGCCUCCUUGAUUUGGGGCGGUGGAGUGGGGGGGGGCGGGAAUCUGGAGGGGACCCACCUAUAGGCUUAAAGGCAUCUGUUGGUGUCCCAGUAUAAGCUGUAGUUCCUUGAGUGAAAGUUGACUGUAAGACUACCAUCUUAAAUAUAUUUUUGCAAUGAAAAAAAUAAUUUCUUAGAAACAUGUCCUAUUCACAAAUUUUCUGAAAAUGAUCCCAGCAGUUAAGCUUUCUGGAUGGUAAGAAGAUAAUUUCUAAAAGGCAAGUGCUAUGACACCAUGUAUGAAUGUAACUCUCUUAGUAAUUUACCUCUGACUCUUUGGUGUCUUAACACUUUGGUUUAUAUCUCAGGGGUUGUCUGCAAACCAAAACUGACAUAUUCUGUGGUUAGCCUUUUUUUUUUCCCCCCUUUAACAGACUGCUUUGCUUUUGUUUUUUUCCUUCUUUCCUCUGUUGUCUUAUAUGGGUUAAUAACUAGUCUCCAUGAACUUCCCUUUGAAAGAGCCUAUAAAAGUUAGAUGAGUCUAAAAGUGCUCUUUGAAGUAGCAGCAAACUGGGAGUAUAUACUCUGUUAUAUAGAAAUAAAUUGUCCUUGCUAUUUUCUUACAUUUAGCUUUGCUAAAUUGUAUAUAAUUUGAAUUAAGACCAUAGGAAAUUCACUUUCUGCACGGUAAAAUGCCCCAGUACCUAUUCCACUUUGCUUAAUAAUGUACAUAUAGUGCAUUAUUUUUUCUAUUUGUAGAUGAAUUUAGUGACAGAUAAUUGUCUGUUCCCUGCUGAAACUGAAGAUAUCUAGUUUUGCGUGAGCAUUUUUGUGGUCUCAUGGAUAAGGUACAUGAAGAUUUUUUUGCAGCAGCAUUAGUGGUUCAGCGGCUGCCUUUUAUUAUCAGUGUGCUCAUCUUUGACAAUGAUUGGACUAGACCUUUUCUAAUAGAGUCUGAGGGUCUCAGACAAUGAAAAUGUGCUCUAACCAAGUAGCAUGUAAAUCAGUUGAUUGUAAAACGUUUCACUGGGAACUUAUUUUAGCUAUAUUUUACUUCAGACAGAUUAUGAGAAAAUAAUCCACCUGUGCAUCAGUUAGGAGGUGCUGCAGGGUUUCUUACUAUUUACAUGAACAUUUUAUGCAGUCUUUGAUAUAAAUUUUCAGAAGACUAUACUCUUUACUUUGAAGGACUAUUUUUUAAUUAUACCUCAUGUAGCUAACUAGUAUUCUAAUACCUGGUAGAAGAACAGUGAGCCAGUCUUUAUCCAACACAAUUUAGACUCUAUGUUUUGUUUUGAACUAAAGGCAUCAUUGGAAAAGGUAGGAGGUAGUAGUUUAGGAUAGAACAUACAUGUCAUAUCCAGUAGCUCAAAAAAAGAAGUAUUAUCUUCCUGUCUCCAUUAAUAAAUUUAGCUGUGCAAUAUAGAUAAUUGUUUGCAGAAAUUUCUACAUAAGAGAUUAUAACUCCAUUUUACAGGUUCUGAAUGUUGAGAAUCUAUAUUAAGGCUUGUAAAGUUUUUCCUGUGAACAGUAAGUGAUACAUUUAAGCCAACUUUCUUUUCUAGUUUAUGACUUAGAUUCUUUAUAAAUUUAGUUCUUAAAGAUGAGCUUCUAAGCUUAAAAAUUUUAAACAGCAUUUCAUUAUGUUAAUUUACUUAUCUCAGAUUUUAAGCACUCAAUUCUGCUGUGAGAUUUUUUAGAAUUUUUGUUUUAACAGAAAGGACAUUCCUUUUUCCUUCUUGUUACAUCCACAGAAGGGGUGGGAGAAUGUCUAAAAAUGAAAUUCCUUGUCCUAGAGGGACAGAAUAUGCUAAUAAAAUUUCAAAUGCUGGCACAAUUUUACAGUAGAAUUGGUCUUUUUUCAGACUAAUAAAAUGAAUGGUUGUCAUGUUCACUACGAAAAAAAUCUAAAUGACUGAAAUUUAUAGAAAUGAAAAUUAGCAAGCAAUUAUUUUAGGGAUACUUUCAAAUUUUACUUCAUUUUUUGAAAUGCUUGUGCCAUAUGCAGUUGCAUUUCUUAUUGCCAAGAUCUAAUAGAACUUCUGGUUUCAUUUCUUACCUUUUUUUUAAAAUGUGAAUUUAUAUUAUAAUUCAUUCCUACGGCCUUACAAGAUGGGUUUUAUUUUGUGUGUUUGCAGCUGACACUGUCCCUUUAAUGCAAAAUGCCAUAAACGAUUUGACUAAAGUCCUACCCGUUUCUAAUGGGAAAUACCUGGGUUUUCCAUAGAAUUAUCCUACUGUGUGUGUUUCAGCAUAUUUUACUUUUGCUCCAGCAGUUUAGUGUGAAAAAGCUCCUGCAGAUAAAGUGGAUUUGUCAUGUGGUUAAUCUUGUUUUAGCCAAUUCAUUAACUGUGUACUGAUACUGAUGCUGUGUUUGUUUGUUUGUUUUUUUUAAGAAAAAAUGAAUUUUAUUCCAGGUGAACUUUUUUUUUUAAAUAAUAAUGUUUGUCUAAAAUAAAAACUACAUGAUGAAAAUA